AUGGAACUUGUCAGUACUCAGAAUGCCGACUUAGUGGCGACGCAAGAUGCCCACCAAGCACAGCUGACGGCUAUCGAGAAGUCGAUGAAUAAAUUUCUGAAAUCUUUGGACACUUGGAGGUCAUCAACAGCGACGUCCAACUCCACGCCAGAAUCGUUGUCGACGCACCCAAUUGGUCGUCACAUAGGGCGUUUUGCUGAGGCGCAUCGCAAUGGAGUUCAGGCAGCCGAGACGGGUCAUGCAGCGGCACGAGACGGGGUUGGCGUAGCCGAACAUCUGGAAAUGUUCAACAAUGGGGACGUAAACCCAUCCGAAAAUGAGGAUUAUGAGCACUACAUGGAGCAGAUGGAGAGGCUUAUUUCUCAAGGAGCAAGUGAAGCUGAGCAGACGGCCAGAAAUUUUCGCGAAGUACAGAACGGGAUCAAAAAAGCCAUCCAGGGGUUUCGAAAACAAGGAAGCAAUAAGAUAGAAACUCUCGAGGCUGUGGAUUUUGUCCUCGAAGACUUGCAGAAAUGCAUGACAAUUUACAUCCGUUGGUGGACCAAAGCCGGCAUGAUCCACAAAUACCUAAGCCUCAAAAUGACUGAAAUCAGAGGCACCGACUCACAUAACAACGUUGACGCGAUCAAGACUACCUGGAAAGACAUCGAAUUAGCAUACUUGCAGUAUACGGACAAGAUGAAGUACAUUGAGGAUACGAACCAGGGGACAUUCGAAUUUGCACAGGCCAUUGCUGCCAGAAUUGAACUGACUGAGUACAAUGAAAUAAGAAGAGAAGAGGACGAGAGAGUUGAGAGGGAGGCAAGGAGAAUCGAGGAGAUGAGGAUAGAGGAGGCGAGGGUAAUAGAGGCUGAGAGAAUAGAAGAGGAAGCAAGGAGAAUCGAGGAGGCGAGAAUUGAGGAGGCAAAAAUCGAGGAGGCCAGGAGGAUUGAAGAGGUGUGCAGAAUCGAGAAGGAGAGCAGAGUUGAGGAGGCAAGGAGAGUCGAGGAGGAGAACAGAAUCGAGGAGGCCAGGAGAAUCGAGGAGGCCAGGAGAAUCGAGGAGGCCAGGAGAAUCGAGGAGACCAGGAGAAUCGAGGAAGCCAGGAGAAUCGAGGAGACCAGGAGAAUCGAGGAGACCAGGAGAGACGAGAAGGCAGAACAACAGAGAAUUGAAGAGGAAAUGAUGUUUGAAAAAACACGAAGACUUGAGGAGCAAAGAGCGGAGGAAGCAAGGAGAAUCCUGGAGGCGAAGAAACUCGAGGAACAAAGAGUACAGGCGGCAAAGGAAUUUGAAGAGGCAAAGAGAUCCAAAGAGCAGAGAGUAAAGGAAGAGGAAAAUCGAAUUGAGGAGCCGAAGAGACCCAAAGAGGAGGGAUGCAAAUGUUGUAUAAUUAUGUGA